AUCUCAAUGAACCUUACCAUCUGCCCUUAUGUUAUAAUGUCAUCUUUUUCAGCUGAAGAGGCAAGGGAAUUGUGCUGCUCAGCAGCGUCACUGGUUAUUUCUAAAUUGUUCUGUGCAAUCUGCGUCUUUAUAUUUGCAGUGGUUGGAGCAACACUAGGAUCCCUGGUUGGAGCUUUUGUCGGAGCAAAAACCAAGAUCGGUUGUCUCAAUGGAGCAACAGUCGGAGCCAUAAGGGGCGGUUCUUUCUCAAUCGACUUGUUUAAAAUUUUACUCGUGGUUUGCAGUUCCGAUGAUAUGGGGACCAGUUAUUUCCUCCCACCGAUAAACGCAUUCAACGGAGUGGUCCUUAAUGAAGGAUUGUCAAAGGAUGAAAUAGAGAGCAUUCCAAGCAUCAGAGUCACAGAAGAAGUAUGGGAUUCAUCCAGGAACCCAGUCUGCUGUUCCAUAUGCCUUGAGGACUUGGUACGUGGGGAAAUUGUUCAUAGCUUGCCAAAUUGUCGCCAUAAGUUCCAUAGAUGGUGUAUUCAAACGUGGCUAAAUGGGCAUAAAUCUUGUCCUUUAUGCAGGAGAAAUAUUUAACGCAUUCCUAUC